AUGAGCGGAGUUGGGCGCCACCUUGGAUUCCUGCUCCUGGCCGAAGCGGUGCUGUGUGCUGCCGCCACACGGUUUCAAGAUGUGCUGAGCCAAGGAAGAACACCUGUCACAUCCUACAAGAAGUUACAAGGUUGGUCCAGUGAUCAAAAUAAAUGGAAUGAAGAGCUUUAUCCUUUCUGGGAAGAUGGAGAUCCCAGAUGGAAGGACUGCUGGAAAGGCGGAAGGGUGACAGCCAAACUGGACACUGAUAGCCCAGCACUGGUAGGAUCCAACAUGACCUUUGUUGUGACUCUCCAGUUUCCCAAGUGCCAGAAAGAAGACGAUGAUGGCAACAUAAUAUACAAGAGAAACUGUACCCAGGAUUCUCCAGCGUCCCAGGAUCAGCAAAUCUAUGUCUACAACUGGACUGAAUGGAUCGACAGCUGUGGCUGGGAAAACUGCACAAGCAACCACAGCCAUAAUGUGUUCCCAGACGGGAGACCUUUCCCUCAUUAUCCUGGCUGGAGGAGAAGGAACUUUGUCUAUGUGUUUCACACAUUUGGCCAGUACUACGAAACAAUUGGACGAUCUUCAGCAAUGUUUUCAGUCAACACAGCAAAUAUCACUCUUGGCAAACACAUGAUGGUGGUAUCCGUUUACAGGAGAGGGCACUCGGCAUACGUUCCAGUUGCAAGAGUGAGGGCCAUUUAUAUUGUAACAGACAAAAUUCCAGUAUUUGUGAGUAUGUUCCAAAAACAUGACCGCAACAUCUCCGACUCCAUUUUUAUCAAAGACUCACCCAUCACAUUUGAUGUGAAGAUCCACGACCCCAGCUACUAUCUUAACAAUUCUGCCAUCUCCUACAAGUGGAAUUUUGGAGAUGGAAGCGGCUUGUUUGUAGCCAGCAGUUCCACUACAUCUCACACCUAUACUCUGCAAGGAAACUUCACUCUGAAUUUAACUGUCCAAGCCAUUAUACCGGUACCUUGCAGGCCAGUAACACCCACUGCAGCACUGCCCACCUCGGCAGUAACAACCAGAGCAUCUUCUGAUUCAGACUCCUCUACCACUGUCGAGUUAAUGGAAGAUAAUCCUGAUGAAGGCUGCCAUAUUUACAGAAAUGGAUACUAUACAAAUGGCAUCUCUGUUGUAGAGGGAAUCCUUGAGGUAAAUAUUAUUCAGAUGAUGAGCAUCCAGAUGACAGCAAGUCAAGCUGAAAACUCACUGGUUGACUUUGUUGUUACCUGCCAAGGGAGUCUCCCCACAGAUGUCUGCACAGUAGUUUCUGACCCCACGUGCCAGGUGUCCAAGAGCGUGGUAUGCGACCCCAUCAUCGUCACUGAUGAGUGCUCACUCACCGUCAGGAGAGCUUUUGAGGAACCAGGAACAUACUGUAUAAACAUCACCUUGGGGGACGACACAAGUCAAGCCCUUGCCAGCGCGCUGAUUUCCAUAAAUGGAGGUGAGUCCACACAGAGCAGAUGCGGGUCAUCU